CAAUCACUUCUCUAGCUUUCCACAGAAAGCGUGAUGUCUGGAAGAGGUAAAGGAGGCAAAGGCCUGGGGAAAGGCGGAGCGAAGCGGCACCGCAAAGUGCUCCGUGAUAACAUCCAGGGCAUCACGAAGCCAGCCAUCCGGCGCCUGGCUCGCCGUGGCGGGGUCAAGCGCAUCUCGGGCUUGAUCUACGAGGAGACCCGCGGGGUGUUGAAGGUUUUCCUGGAGAAUGUGAUCAGGGAUGCGGUCACCUACACUGAGCACGCCAAGCGCAAGACGGUCACCGCCAUGGAUGUGGUGUACGCUCUGAAACGCCAGGGCCGCACUCUCUAUGGUUUCGGCGGCUGA